CCCGUCCGUUAUACAGACGUCUACCAUUACCAUACCCGAUGUUAAUGAUAUUAAUUUAAUCUCUUGUGAAACAUCAGACAUAUUCUGGGUGAGUGGUCUAUCUGAACUUCUAAAGGUGGAUUCCAGAGGAAAUGUUCUAAUACGUCUUGAUGUUGGAUUAAGUGAAAUUUCCACUAACACAGAUGGAGAGCUAAUGUUUACAGAGGGAAAUUAUGUUAAAAAAUUAGAGUCAAAUGGAAUCAUCACCACACUUUUCUCAACAAACGAUAAUAUAAAUUGUAUCUACUCCUCCCGCAUCACCGGCGACAUACUGUUAGGGUUAUAUAAUACUGUAUUAUAUACCAGUAAAGUAACUAGGUACGACAAGACGGGACAGAAGAUCCUGGAUAUUGAGGAGGACAACCAAGGAGUGAAGCUAUAUGAUUGGCCUAGCUACAUCACAGAGAACAGGAACGGAGAUAUCUGGACAUCUGAUACAGUUAAAGUGGUGGUGGUAAAUAAAUCAGGAAAACAUCGGUUUAACUACAUAGGUCAUCCGUCGCAUUACUUUAAUCCCAAAGGUAUCUGUACUGAUAUACUGGGACACGUACUGGUGUGUGAUUGUUCUCCCUCCGACGCCGGUGUUCAUCUCCUGGAUCAGGACGGUCGGUUCCUAUCUCUGCUGCUGACUAAAGAACAUAAUGUACAUAGACCACAAACUAUGUGUGUGGACGACAAGCACAACCUCUAUUUGGGACAGAGUUUCAUUACCAUAAUAAGAGUGUACAAAUAUCUUCACGUCUCAGAGAAAUAGAAAGUUCCGAAUGCUUUAAAAAAUGUAUUUAAAAAAGAUAGAAAUUGUACAUAAUAAUAUUUCAUUUGAAUUGUCAGAAAUAUUAAAAGAGCUUAUCUGGUUUGUUUCAUGAAAUUAUCGAUAUAUUUUAUGAAAAUAGAUAUGAAAGGAACUUGUCCAGUGUGUUGCAUGAAUGUAUG